AUGAGCCUGAGUUUUUGCUACAGAGGAGAUGUGAGGGUUAUGAGUCAAGCAAAAAUGCUUCCAGUGGGAAUAAAAUCUGAAAGUGAGUGGCAGCAGUUCAAGGAGUUGAAGUCAGAAAUCGGUGGGCAAUAUCUAUAUUUAACUUUGACCAAAGUUGAGAUAGAAGCAGUAUAUAAGUCAAAGGUUAGGAAACUAGCUGAUAACAGUAAGAGCGGAGUUGUUUCCUUGGAGAGUACGCGUAAAAGGAAGAAUGUGGUGGACACAAUAAAUGAAGUGGUGGGGAAGAAGAGUAAGCCAGAGGGUGAGGAGAAGGAAGCUGGUGCAUGGUCCACUGGAAACAGGAUUGCGGACAAUGUCAAUGGAGUGGACAACAACCCCAAUGGGCUGUCCACUGAAGUACAUAGAGAGUACCGUGUGAACGGAGUGGAGAACAACAGCAAUAGAGUGUCCACUGAAGUACAUAGAGAGGACAAUGACAACAAUACCAAUGGACUGGACAACAACAACAAUGGAGUGGACAACACCAACAAUGUAGUGUCGUGUGAAGGACAUAUAGUCUACAAUGUCAAUGGAGUGGAUAAGAACAAUGUUGGAGUGUGA